UCGGGGGUGAAUGAGAUUGAAGAAGAGUUCUUGUUUUGUAUCUCAGUUUCUCUCUUUUUCACAUAAAUUAAACAAACAAAAAAAUCGGAUAUUGACAAACGCGAGGCCCCGUCAUGUGCAAUGGGGGAGCUCUGAGCAUUCGGGAGGUGAAGUGAUAGCCGGCAGGGGCUCUGAGCAGGGCUGCGGGCUGUUUGAGGAUUUUUAUUGAAAUAAUCUGAGGAGCGAGCAGAGAGGAGGAGGAGAGCGGAGGAGCGGAGCUCGGACUGCCGCUCAGUGGCCCGCCGGGGAGAGCUGGAGAGCAGAGGACCAGUUGCCCGGCCAGGUGCUGUGCUCUCUGCUGUGAAUUGGAUGGUGUUCAAAGCCGGAUAUAGUGUGCAGGCUGAAAGCUCCCGGGGACUGAACUGCUGGCAGACGGGAUCAAUAAUGGAAUUACAAACGUUACAGGAGGCCCUGAAAGUGGAAAUACAAGUUCAUCAGAAACUGGUUGCCCAGAUGAAGCAGGAUCCACAGAAUGUGGAUUUGAAGAAGCAGCUCCAUGAACUUCAAGCUAAGAUCACAGCACUGAGCGAGAGGCAGAAAAAGGUGGUGGAGCAGCUGCGGAAGGAUUUGCUGGUGAAACAGGAGCAGCCAGAUGCCAAGCUCCAGACUGAAAGCAAAGCACCAGCUCUGCCUGCAACCCCAGCCCCGCCAUCGCUGCCCCCACAGAACCCAGGCACCCAGCAGAAGACUGUAUCCGUCACGCCAGUAAUUGCCACCAAGACCCUACCUCUGGUACUGAAAGCUGCCACCCCGGCGAUGCCUGCUUCUACCGCCUCGCAGCGGCCCACCGUUGCCAUGGUCACAGCCAUUAGCAACAGCCCGAAGCCGAGUGUCAUCAACUCUGACUCGCAGAGCGUGCCGGUCAACCUUCAGACGUCCAGCAAGCUAAGCGGUCAGGGGGCCGAGGCUGUGAGGAUAGUGUCAAAGAACGCCGUUGUAGUGCAGGCCACAGCCACCCAGCCUAUCAAAGUUCCCCAGUUUGUCCCGCCUCCCCGACUGACGCCUCGACCCAACAUUCUGCCACAGGUCCGGCCCAAGCCUGUCGCGCCCAACAAUGUGCCUAUCGCACCAGCACCGCCACCGCCCAUGAUGGCUGCGCCGCAGCUGCUCCAGCGGCCAGUGAUGCUGACCACCAAGCUGACAGCCAGCCCGGUGGCAUCUUCAGCUGGCCCAAUCCACCAGGUUCACAUUGUUAAUGGCCAGCCCUGCUCUACCAUCACCAAGAGCCUGUCCGCUGGCCAGCUGACCGGCAUAGUCAUCACUGGCCCGGCAACCACCCACCUGACCGGUCCACAGACGCUGCAGAUCAGCAGCGUUGCUGGGGACACCAAGACUGUUAAAGCUCAAAGUGGCACAGAGCAGAAGGUACCAGCUAGCAGCUCUUCCCCCACACCCUCCCCUCCUGCACCUCCUUCAGCCAAACCCAAGCGUGAGGAAAACCCUCAGAAACUGGCCUUCAUGGUUUCCCUCGGACUUGUCACCCAUGAUCAUUUGGAAGAGAUCCAGAGCCGGAGGCAGGAGCGCAAGCGGCGAACAACGGCAAAUCCAGUCUACAGCGGCGCCGUGUUCGAACCUGAGCGGAAGAAGAGCGCAGUCACCUACCUGAAUACGCCCCUCCAUCAAGGAACCAGAAAGAGAGGUCGCCCUCCCAAAUACAGCAGUGUUGCAGAGCUGAGCUGCGUAGCCCCGACUUCCCCCUUCAGCAGUCACCCCGCCUCCCCGGCCCUUGACAAGCCUGAGACGGGGGGUUGUCCCUUCCCCGCACACCCCCACACCCUCCCUCAGCCCAACCCUGGCUCUGGGGAUGGAGACAUCCAUGAGGAUUUCUGCACUGUGUGCAGACGCAGUGGCCAGUUGCUCAUGUGUGAUACGUGCUCCCGUGUCUACCACUUGGACUGCUUGGAGCCGCCCCUGAAAACCAUUCCUAAAGGCAUGUGGAUCUGUCCCAAAUGUCAAGACCAGAUUCUGAAGAAGGAAGAAGCUAUUCCCUGGCCAGGCACGCUAGCUAUUGUUCAUUCGUACAUCGCAUAUAAAGCAGCUAAAGAAGAGGAGAAGCAGAAACUGGUGAAAUGGAGCUCAGAGCUGAAGCAGGAGCGGGAGCAGUUGGAACAGAGGGUCAAAAUGCUGAGUAGCUCUAUAACGAAAUGCAUGGAGACCAAGAACACCAUCCUGGCCCGGCAGAAGGAGAUGCAGGCUUCGCUGGAAAAGGUGAAGGGACUCGUCCGCCUCAUCCAGGGCACCAACCUCCAGCAGCCCCAGAAGUCAGAGAGCCAUGAUGGUAUGGAGAAGAGCACAACAGACUGUAGGAGCAAUGGCGACAGCAACGGCACCAGCACAGAGAGCCACGGCAGUAACACGAGCAGCAGCAAUGCUGAACGCAGUGUGGACACUGACAGGGGAGCUGAAGACAACAGCAGUCAAGGAGACAGCAGCAAGAACAACAACAACAACAGUAAAACCUCAGAACCUUCCCAGAAUCCUGUGCAGUCCCCCCUUGACAUUUUGGAGAGUGCAAAUUAAAUGCUUGUUCCUUUUGGACCAAGAAAGAAUCCAUCUGCACCCUAAAAAGGUGCAUCAAGUUGCCAAUCGAUAUAUGUACGUGUAUAUAUGUUUUUUGUUCUGUUUCUUGUUUGUCGUUGGACUGUGUCAACUGUAGCUCUGCAUCCCGAGUGCCAUCUCGGAAACAGAGAGACGCUGGCUUUGGUGCCAACGUCAUGCCAACUUGGUAUAGAAAAAUAAUAAUGUAGGAUCAUGAUGAUGAUGGUGGUAAUGUUGAUGAUGAUGAUGAUGAUGAUGAUGAUAUUCACAGUAAUAGUUAUAAUUUAAACAUCAUACCAGUGUGUGCCUGCAACAGUCACCCUUGAGCCUCUGGUGGGGAUUAUGUCUAAGUUGUCCUUAGUCUUUGAUUCCAGGAGAUUUGGAUAGGAAGUCAUCCAAAGACUCGCUGCUAUGCUGUGAGAUCCAGCUCAUUGUCUCCCAGGUGAACAAGAAGUGUCAGCCGCGUGCAGAGGGCAGCUGGCUCUGAGAACAGCAGCACUGUGUAUUCGGGGAGCGGAAUCCAGCGAGGUAACGUCGGGUUCAACCCGAGUGGGUCUUUGGGCACAGAUCAAACGGGACAGCUAUCAUCUCUCCCCCCCCCCCCCCUCCACACACACCCUUCCCACACCAACCUGAAAGAAAGAAGACCCAGCCAACAAAUCACUGGAACACCAGAGCAUCAAAGAUAACGCACCCUCACACCCCCUUCUCCGACAGGCUCGCCAGGUUCUCCUUGCUCCCCUCGCUCGCUGUGGGAGUAAACACAGCGAUCGUGCAGGGGUGCUCACAGGUGUGGAGUGCCGAAGACAGAGUAGCAUCAUGUCCUGCCUGGUGACUACACCUGGUCUGUAGGCUCAGUCCUGUGUAGUGAGUUCUCUGAGCAUCGGUUUUUCACCCAUUCUGGACACUAAUGGUGAAAUUGCAAAAAUGCAAUCUCCAAAAAUAUAUAUAUCUAUAAAUAUAUAUAUUUAUUUCUUUUUUCUAAGAAAAUAUUUU